AACACAUUUGUCUGGGUACAAUCAGAUGAACCUGGUGAUACACAACAAGAUGAGAUUAUUUCUAAGUUGAGUGAGGAUGAUGAUAAUGACUCUAAAGAUGAUGUUUUGAGUGUGACAAAAGGAAAGGAAACACAAGAUGAUUAUCAACAAGCUGGCUGUGGGUCAAAAACUUUCCCUGACACAAAGAUUUAUGAAGAAAUCUUUAUUGGACAUCAACGAAGAGAACAUGAGAGGAUACAUACUGAGGAUAAAAAACACAAUUAUAUAAUAUGUGGUAAAAAAUUUACAAGUGAAAGUCACCAAAGAAGUCAUGAGAAGUUGCACUCUGUGAAGAAAUCUUAUAUUUGUUUGGUAUGUGGUAAAGGAUUUGCAUAUAAAAGUAACUUAAAAUAUCAUGAGCAGAUACACACUGGAGAUAAGCCAUACAGUUGUACAGUAUGUGGUAAUAAAUGUAUAAGUGAAAGUCUCCUAAGAAGUCAUGAGAAGUUGCACUCUGUAGAGAAAUCUUAUAUUUGUUCAGUUUGUGGUAAAGGAUUUGCAUAUAAAAGUAACUUAGAGUAUCAUGAGCAGAUACACACUGGAGAUAAGCCAUACAUUUGUGCAAUAUGUGGCAAAGGAUUUGCACAUAAAAGUAAUUUAAACCAUCAUGAGCAUGUACACACUGGAGAGAAGCCAUACAAUUGUGCAAUAUGUGGCAAAGGAUUAACUAAAAAUGGUCUAAAAAUUCACGAGAAGACGCACACUGGUGAGAAGCCAUAUAGUUGUGUACUAUGUGGUAAACAGUUUGUAAGUAAAAGUAACCUGAAGAAACAUGACAGGAUACAUACUGGGGAGAAGCCUAACCAUUGUGUUGUAUGUGGUAAAGAAUUUUUAAGUAAAAGUAACUUGAAGAGUCAUGAAAAGAUACAUACUGGGGAGAAGCCUUACAGUUGUGUAUUAUGUUUUAAACAAUUUGUAAGUAAAAGUAAGUUAAAGAUUCAUGAGCAGAUACACACUGGGGAGAAACCAUAUAGUUGUGUUGUAUGUGGCAAAGAAUUUUCAAGUAAAACUGGUCAAACAACUCAUGAGAAGAUACAUGCUGGGGAAAAACCACACUGUUGUUUAGUUUGUGGUAAACAUUUUGCAAGUAAAAGUUACUUAACUACUCAUGAGAAGAUACAUACUGGUGAAAAGCCAUACAUUUGUGUUGUAUGUGGUAAAGAAUUUUCAAGUAAAACUGGUCUAACAAAUCAUGAGAAGAUACAUGCUGGGGAAAAACCAUAUUUUUGUGUAGUAUGUGGUAAACAGUUUGUAAGUAAAAGUUAUUUAAAAACACAUGAGCAAAUACACACUGGGGAAAAACCACAGAUUUGUGUUGUAUGUGGUAAACAUUUUGCAAGUAAAGGUAACCUGAAAAGACAUGAGAAGAUACACAUGGAGGUAUCUUAGAGCUGGACAAGUAGAUUAGUAACUUUUGACCUAAGGUAACUAAUUCAUAAAAAUUAUAUCACUAUAACUUAAAAUCUGAAAGUUUAACAACACCUACAUAUAACUGCAAAACAGAGAAAUGAAUACCUUACAAUCUUUAUAUUAUUAAUUUUUUUAACAUGAAAAUUAUCAUUUUAUUAAUAUGAAUUUUGGUAGCUUGUAUUGAAUGUUAAUGAACCAAAUUGUGUGAAGAACUGUAAAAAUUGUUGGUAAGAGCAUUUGGUACAUAUAAAUCAACUAUAGUUACUUGCAAUCAAUAUUGAAAUCAGGCAACUGUAUGUUAUAAACAAGGUGCUUAGCCUAUAACCUGGAGGCCUAAUGAGAAGUAAUCGCUAUAAGAAGAGGAAACUAUGCAUAUUUGGAAAAAUAACGUAUGAAGCUAAAAAAUUGAUCGAUACUUGAUUUGAUAAAAAUUGUUUUUUGAUAAUCAUGUGCAUUGUAGUACAAUAAUGUUUAGUAACAAAAUAUUUAAAAGUUCCUAUCUAUCUAGUCAUCUCUCCUGGAAAUGUUUCCCAUAAAAUUAUUAUUUUGUUUUUCUUUCACCUAAUAUGACAAAUAAACAUGUUACAAGGAUAGAGAACUGGAAAUGUGGGAUUGGCAUUUUGUAAACAUGUUACAAUAUUGAGUAAUGUUAUACCCAUAACAGUAAUACUCUCCCUUUAAGAUGUGAAAGUGACAGGUGUUUACUGUAUGAUGAAAAUCUACCUAAAUGAUUUAUUGUUGUGUUAACUCAUUUUGUUGGAACCAAGAAUUUAGUGUAAGUAACUGUACGUUAAUGUUUUUAUAAAACUGCAGCCCACCGUGAACAUACUCUUGAAUAGUUCAAAACUGUAAUCUUAGCAAACAACAAAAAACAAAAUGUUGGAAAUUUGGCCCACCAGACUAAGUGUUGCUGACUAGCAUUUUACCUUUCUGUGGUUUUAACCAUCUGUACAUAUACUAGAUUAAAGUUACAUCUUAAUAGUUUAGGUUUUAGUAAAAAAAAAAAAAAAUUUUUUUUACUUGUUUAAAUAUUGUAUUCUAUUGUAUUCUUGUAUUCUAAUCUAAGGAUGGUUUCUGCAUGAUUGCUAGAGGAUCAUUUAAUAGGAUCAAACAGGAAACCUAAAUAGUAAUCUGUGUCAUAAAGUUGAUUGAGAUUUAUACUUGUGUGAGAAAGUAAUUAAGUUGGACAGUUUAGUGAAAAACGAACAAAAUCUUUAUUUACUAACAAAAAGAAAAACUACGUAUAUACACAGACACUUAUACAAUUAUUUCUACUGGAAUAAUAAAUAGAUUAUCAGUUUUCUGUGUUUGAAGAUCAGUCUGCUUAACUUGUUACAAUGAAAACGAAAUGAAGCUGAAGAAAAAAUAGUUACUGAAAUUUUUAAAGUUCCUAAAGUUUUAAAGUUCUCUUGUGAAGGUGGCAUUACAUGACUGGUCAUUCUCUCACAUCUUUUGUUUUGGCUAUAACAUACAGACAUCAUCCACUGGGCCAGCAAAGGACAUUGCAGUCAUUUACCUCUCUAACAAUAAAUCAAAGUAUGCUGUAAUAUCCCCUUGGGCAUAGUAGAUAUUACUUAUCAUGAAGAACAAAAGCACAAAGGACAAUAAAAGGCAAAUUUGAUGGUUUUAUGAUUUACAUGUUUAUGCCCAAACUGCAUUAAAAUAGACCAACAAAAAACAUAUAUAAAUUCUUAUAUUAGUAAGAGCAUAUUGUACUUUUCCUUCCUCCUUUGUUUCAGGCUAUUUCUCAAGCUCACGAUUAAUUUUAACUAUAAAAACAAUAAUCUUUAAACUUGUGACAUGGUCAGAAAAUCAUGUUAACUUCCCUUUCCUCCAAAGAACUCUUGCACUCCUCAUGGAGAACACUAUACUUAACUACAAAUUAAAAACAAUAGCUAAUUUUUAAUACAAUAUAAUA